UUCUAAAGGCUUAAUCUCAUCAGAAUUAUACAAUUUUACAGAAAAACAAAAGGAAGUAAUUGAUAAAUUAUUGCUGGAAGAUGAGAUAAAUGUUCCUGAAUCAGGCUCUGAUGAUGUUGUAUCAUCAUUGGUUAAAAUUGGUGUGAUAUCUUACUUGAAAUCAAGAGAAAGUAGAGUUGUUGGGUUCACCUCACCUGCAAAAAAAUUAUUAUCAUUUUUUCAAAGAUAUGCUCCAAUGAAAGAACCAUUGAGAGGUGAAUUUAAUUUACAUGACUUGACCAAAGAAGCUUUAUCCAGAAUUGACAUUGAAACAUUGAGAAAUAGUUUGGGUCGAUCUAAGAAUAGAAAAAAAUUACUAGAGAGGGUGUGGCAAAUGGAACUGUAUAGAGCAAUAUACAGUUGCCUACCUCCUGAAAUUCACCUCUCACCAGAUGUUGGACAUCUGUUUUCAACAAACGGGUUGGUCGAUUUUUAUGUAAAUGAACCACAAUGGGCAGUUGAAUUGCUUGUUGAUGGAGACAAAAUGAAAAAGCAUCAUGAUCGUUUCAAUGAUGAUGGCAUAUAUUUACCAAUACCAAUCCAAUCAUACCUCAUACUUGACUUCCGAGAAACUAAAAUGGUGAGGAAAUUCUACCCCAACACAUGGUAUGUCAAACCAAACCAUGAUUUUUCAAUCUUAAAUGUUUCGACUGAGCAUGAUGAAUUUAAAAUUCUAAAUAAGAAAAAACCUAUGUCACAACCAAGUAAUAUUACCAAUACCAAUCUUGGAAACUUGAACAAUUCAGUUAUGCAAAAUGAAUUAUCCUCUAGCAGUUUUAUUAAAAAAGAUACUAAAGAACAUGAAAGACAUGUAUUUAAGUUAAUAGAUGAUUUGCAGAACAAGGAGGUUGUGAGUUUAAAAAAUGGUUUAAAUAUUGUAAAGAAAUUUUCAAAAAAUAUUCAUAUGAUUGAUGAUAAUGAUAAAGAAGAUCUAGAAAAUUUUUAUCCAGGGGAUAUUGUUAGUGUUGAUGUUAGUGUAAAAAGAUAUAGGAAAAAAUACAAACAAACUAAUAAUUAUAAAAAAUCAUCAGAAAAGAAAUCUGAUAAUAGUGGUGGUGAUGAACUAGAAAAUUACAAAGAAGUUGACCCAACAACUUUACUAUUAAAAAUUGAAAAAUCCCUUGAAGGAUUGUGCCAUGAAGAAAUUCGUAGAAAAACACUUUAA